GAGAGGGUGUGCGCUCGGCCGCCGCCUGGGACGGGCUUCGGGGAGAAGGAGCCGGGAGCCCCGCUCCCCGCGUGCCUCAGCCCUGCUCGCCGCCCGCCCGUGCCCCCUCGGAGACCACCCCCCGGCGCCGAGCCCUCGCGAGCGGCCCUCGCCUCCCGUCGGCGCGCGACUUCGCGGCAGAUCGCCUUUCCGGGUUGGCAGGCCGGUUGCCUGGGUGACGCGGGAGCCGGUCGCGCGCCGAGCGCCCGGCCCUGGGCCUGAGCUGGGCGGGCUUGGAGGCCCCGGCCGUCGGCGGAGCGCGACAGUGGGACCGACCACCUGUGCGCGCCGCCCCCGGCCUGCACCUGUCCCCGCCGCGGCCAUCGCUGGGGAGACCGGGCCGUCUCGCGCCCCCGGAGCGUCCCCGCCAUGAAGCCCAACUUCUCCCUGCGACUGAGGGUCUUCAGCCUCAACUGCUGGGGCAUUCCCUACUUGAGCAAGCACCGCGCCGACCGCGUGAAGCGCCUGGGAGACUUUCUGAACAUGGAGAGCUUCGACCUAGCUCUGCUGCAGGAGGUGUGGAGUGAGCAAGACUUCCAGUACCUGAGACAGAAGCUGUCACCCACCUACCCAGCUGCCCACUACUUCAGGAGUGGCAUCAUUGGCAGUGGCCUCUGUGUCUUCUCCAAACAUUCAAUCCAGGAAAUCACCCAGCACAUCUACACCCUCAAUGGCUACCCCUACAUGAUCUAUCAUGGUGACUGGUUCUGUGGGAAGGCUGUGGGGUUGCUGGUGCUCCAUCUAAGUGGACUGGUCCUCAAUGCCUACGUGACCCAUCUCCAUGCCGAGUACAAUCGACAGAAGGACAUCUACCUAGCACAUCGUGUGGCCCAAGCUUGGGAACUGGCCCAGUUCAUCCACCAUACCUCCAAGAAGGCUGACGUGGUUCUGUUGUGUGGGGACCUCAACUUGCACCCGAAGGACCUGGGCUGCCGCCUGCUGAAGGAGUGGACAGGACUGCAUGAUGCCUAUCUUGAGACCCGAGACUUCAAGGGCUCUGAGGAAGGCUGUACAAUGGUACCCGAGAACUGCUACGUCAGUCGGCAGGAGCUGGAGCCAUUUCCCUUGGGCAUCCGCAUUGACUACGUGCUGUAUAAGGCGGUUUCUAGGUUUUACAUCUCCUGUAAGACUCUGAAAACAACUAUAGGCCGUGACCCUCACAGUGGCACCCCCCUCUCUGAUCAUGAGGCCCUGAUGGCUACUCUGUGUGUGAGACACAGCCCCCCGCAGCAGGACGCCAGCCCUACUCAUGGAGCAGCAGAGAGGUCACUGUUGAUCAGCGUGCUAAGGGAGGCCUGGACAGAACUGGACCUGGGCAUGUCUCAGGCUCACUGGUGGGCCACCUUUGCUGGUUAUGUGACUGGCGUAGGGCUGCUUCUCCUGGUGUUGGUGUGCGCCCUGGUGGCUGGAGGAGGGGUCAGGGAAAUUGCCAUAAUGCUCUGGGCCCCCACUGUAGGACUGGUGCUAGGGGCAGGUGCAGUCUACCUCUUCCACAUGCAGGAGGCCAAGGGCUUAUGUCGGGCCCGGGCUGAGCUCCACCAUGUGCUGGGAAGAGCAAGGGAUGCCCAGGACCUGGGCCCAGAGUCUCAGCCAGUCCCACUCUUGGGGCAGCAGGAGGGGGACAGAGCUGAGGAACAAUAAAGCUUGACACUUUUGUGGCUCUGCCUUUUA